AUGUCGCAGCGCGCCGGCGACCGCGAUCGCGACAGGGAGCGCGAGCUGCAGUGGUCGGCCCGCAGGAUGGGCACGUCGCUGCUGCUGCAGCUGUCGGCACACGAGCGGGAGCUGGACCUGGUGUGCCUCGACCACAGCUACGCCAAGCCCUGGAGCGCACACCCCGACGCCAGCGCCGCCCGGCCCGCCCGGCUGCUCUUCCUCACCCCGCGGAGACACCUCGGCAGCGCCCCGGAGGCCGAUGUCCCCAUAGACGUGGAGACGGUGACGCCCACGCCGGUGCCGCUGUAUGACAACCAGAAGGCUCGGAGCGUGAUGAACGAGUGCGAGCGGCAUGUGAUGUUCGCCCGCACCGACGCCGACGCGCCCCCGCCGCCCGACGACUGGGAGGAGCACAUCAACAGGACGGGCUGGACCAUGGCCCAGAACAAGCUCUUCAACAAGAUCCACAAAGCACUGCAGUCCGACAGGCUGGCCCGCCUGGCCAACGAGGGGGCUUGCAACGAGCCCGUGCUGAGGAGGAUCGCGGUGGAUAAAUGUGCCCGCAGGGUGCGCCAGGCUCUGGCCAGUGUGAACUGGGACACCAAACUCAUCCAGUGGCUUCACACGACGCUGGUGGAGACCCUGAGCCUGCCCGUGCUGGCUGCCUACCUGGACGCCCUGCAGACCCUGAAAGGAAAGAUCCCUGCACUGAUCGACAGAAUGCUGCUGUCCUCCACGGCCAAGACAGGAGCAGCAGGGGCUGAGGCACUGUCCCUGCUGCUUAAGAGACCCUGGGACCCAGCAGUGGGUGUCCUGUCCCAUAAUAAACCAAGCAAACUGCCCGGAUCUCCCCUGAUCCUCAUCGCUUCCUCCGGCCCCGCCAACUCCAUGUUCCCCACGUCCCGACGGCACCGCUUCUGGCAGUCCCAGCUCUCCUGCUUAGGAAAGGUGAUCCCCAUUGCCACAUCCCUGCUGAACAACGGCAGUGGGGUGGGAGUGCUGCAAUGCCUGGAGCACAUGAUCGGCGCCGUCAGGGGCAAGGUGGCCGAGAUCCACAACCACUUCUCUCACAAGCAGAUCAUCCUGAUUGGGUGGAACACGGGUGCCUUGGUGGCCUGUCAUGUUUCUGUGAUGGAAUAUGUCACUGCUGUCGUGUGCCUUGGCUUCCCUCUGCUCACUGUGGAUGGCCCCAGAGGGGACGUGGAUGACCCUCUCCUGGAGAUGAAGACCCCGGUGCUCUUUGUCAUCGGGCAGAACUCGCUGCAGUGCAACGUGGAAGCCAUGGAGGAUUUCCGGGAGAAGAUCCGGGCAGAUAACAGCAUGGUGGUGGUGGGAGGAGCAGAUGACAACCUCAGGAUAAGCAAAGCCAAAAAGAAGUCAGAAGGCCUGACCCAGAGCAUGGUGGACAGGUGCAUCCAGGAUGAGAUUGCAGACUUCCUGACAGGAGUGCUGACCCGGGCCGAGAGCCACUCGGGCUCUGAGCCCCGCGACCUGGACGCCGAGAGGAAGAAGAAGCCCCGUGACUGCAGCAGGAGAGACCUGUCCUUUGAGCUGCCCGAGAGGAGCAGCAGACCCGCCUCCCCUGCAGCCAAAGUGCCAGCCUCGCCCUCAGGCUCCGAGGACCUGUCCAGUGUGUCCAGCAGCCCCACGUCCAGCCCCAAGACCAAGGUGGCCGCCCUGGCCCUGCCCAAGCCCAGCCAGGUGGGCCCCACACAACUGCAGAGGAGGCAGGUGCCCAGGCCAGAUGCUGUCCUGACCCACAAGCAAGCACAAGCUCAGUUUGCUGCUUUUCUGAAACAAAACAUGCUGGUGAGGAAAGCUCUUCCUCCUGGCACCUCUUCAUGUCUCUUUGUUCCAGUGUCCUCAGAGCACUCGGAGGGGGCUGACAGAGAUGAUGUGCGAGUGCAGCUGAAGAGGCAGCAGAGCCCCAGCCCGACCCCGUGCACCAAAGCCUCCAAACGAGCCAAAAUCAAGGUGACCAUUGUCUCGCACGGCGAUGGCGCGGGCGGAGCAGCCCUCGGCACCCAGGCAGAAAUUGUCUCUGGGAAGCCGCUGCCCCUCGGCCAGGCCGUGUCCAGCACCAAGGAGCUCUCGGGGCUGCUCUCCACCCCCAAGCCGAGCUCAGGUGCAGAGGCUUCGCUGAGCCCCGCUCAGCCCUCGAUCCCCAGCAGCUCCGCCCCCAGCGCCUUCCACGCCCUGCAGAGCCGGCUGGUGGCCAGCAGCACCCACGGCCUGCCAGCCCAGCCGGCCACUGCCCUGCCAGGAGCAGCCUCUGCCAGCAGCCUGCUCCAGGGGCUGAGCUUCAGCCUGCAGGACAUCGGCACCAAGUCCUGCAGCCUCCCUGGCAAUGCGGCCGCUGCUGCCUCACCUGUGCAGAGCUCGGCUGGGAAGGCGCCUACAGCCCUGCAGGGCCUGGCUGCCAUCACCACGGACACCGGCGCCGUCGUCCGCACCAUCCCCGUGGCCACCUCGCUGGCCCUGGGAGCCUCGGCCAGCGGCAAACCCACGGCCAUCCACCAGCUGCUGACCAACGGGGGCCUGGCCAAGCUGGCCAGCAGCCUGCCAGGACUGGCCCAGAUCUCCAACCAGGCCGCAGGCCUGAAGGCCCCGACCACCAUCACGGUGACACUGCGGGGACAGCCCGGCCGUGUGGGCACCCUGAGCCAGCCCAGCCUGGGCUCGGUGCAGCCCCAGCUGGAGGAGCAGCCCCAGGGCCCUCAGGUUUGA